AUGACACCUUCGGAAAAAGAUAUCAAAUUUGAUCGUCAACUGAGAUUAUGGGGUCCAAUUGGACAGAGAUUAUUGGAAAAGUCGCAUAUAGCUCUUGUUGGUGCUACACCUGUAGGCUCUGAGCUAUUAAAGGAUUUAAUUUUACCAAAUAUUGGGGAGUUCACAAUUAUAGAUGGAGGAAAUGUAACUGAAGAAGAUAUUUCAGCAAAUUUUUUUGUAGGAUCUGAUAGCUUGGGCAAACCUAAAGCUCAGGAAGUAAAAGAAUUUCUUAAUGAACUAAAUGAAGAUGUGUCGGGUAAUUACAUCAAUAAGGAUGUCAAAUCUUUAUUAAACUAUCCACUUUCAUUUUGGAAAAAUUUUAAUGUGGUUGUAACAUCGGGUAAUGAUCCAUCAUUUUCAGCUCAACUUUCAGCAAUUCUUUUCCCCCUAAAUAUUCCAUUGAUAGUCCUUGAAUCUAUGAGUUUUUAUGCAUACAUGCUAAUUGUGGUUAAGGAGCAUACAAUUAUUGAAACGCACCCAGCAUCUCUUGUGGAUCUUCGUCUCAAUAAACCAUGGCCUGCUUUGCUUGAGUUUGUUGACCAUUAUGACCUUGAUGUUUUAGAUGAUGUUGACCUUGCACAUGUUCCAUAUAUCGUUAUACUAUUAAAAUUUUUGAAUUCAUGGAAAGAAUCGCAUUCAGGAUUGCCACCAACAAAACGGGAAUUAAAAGAUUUCAAGGCGGUUAUUCUAUCUUUUAGAAAAAGUUCAGAUCACAUUAAUUUUGAUGAAGCAAUAGCUGCAGCAGGACAUUUAUUUUCCCCAUCUACAAUACCAGACAACCUUCAAACAAUUCUUAAUGACCCCAAAACGAAUCUAGAUUUUAAUUCUUCUAACUUUUGGAUUCUCGUGUCUACUUUAAAGGAAUUUAUUGAGCGCCCCGAAUCUGGUGGAUGCUUGCCUUUGACAGGAGUUUUACCCGAUAUGACAGCUGAUACAGAGGGUUUCAUUCGGAUGCAGGAAAUAUACAGAGAAAAGGCGAAAACAGAUAUUGACUUUUUUACCGAAAUUCUUCAUUCUAAACUGACACAGCUCAAUCGCAGUAUUGAUAGCAUACUGCCUCAAGAAAUUGAAACUUUUUGCAAAAAUUCUAAAAAUAUAAAGGUAAUUAGGGGCUCUUCUCUCGAAGAAAUUCACAAAACUCCUAGAAUUAUUGGAAUAGAGCAUGAACAAUUUCAUGUGUUUUUAGCUAUAGAAACUUCUAAAUAUUUUUAUGAAAGGAAACGGAGGCAUCUCGGGCGUGCUGAUAAUGUUGAAGAAGACAUUGAAGUAGCAAAGGAAAUUGCUAAGGAGGUUUCAAAAAAGUAUGGUAUCAAUGAUGUCUAUCCUGAUACUCAUAAAGUCAUUGAGGAAAUUGCUCGUGCUGGAUCUUAUGAACUACAUAAUUUAGCAGCUCUGAUGGGUGGUAUAGGAAGCCAAGAAGUGGUAAAACUUAUUACCCAUCAAUAUUCUUUACUAGAUAACUUGGUUGCUUUUGAUGGAGUAAUGAGUAAGCUGCAAACAUGGAAGUUGUAA